AUGCCAAAUUUUUUAGUUUUUCUAUUACUCAUAAAGUAUGCACAACCUUUAGGCAUCACCAACUGCUACCAAUUCGACUGCAACACCACAAGAACUGUCGGCACCUGUCUAGAUGUAGACCAUACUAAUAGAAAAAUCACUCUCGAAGAAUGUGCACCUGAUUAUGAAUGCGUCGGAGUCUUCAAAAACUAUGAGCUUGAAGAGUCUGAAUGGACAAACGUAAAUUGCUCUGCGAAACAAACCAUCAUAUUUCCCUGCCCAACAGACGCCACUCUUCUAAAUGGGUCUCCAUGCUGCACAGCUUCAGAUUGUGCCUCUAAUGUAUGCAAGAACAGUCUCUGCAUAGGAAGAAGCACUGGCGCUACAUGCACAUCAAAUAAUCAAUGUGCUAGCACUGCUUAUUGUAACACCGCCUCAGGCAGCGGAGUCUGCACUUCUUCGAGCGCCAAUGGCGAGUCCUGCACAUCAGAUUUUACUUGUAUGCCUGGGUCAGGGUGUAAUAAUGGCGUAUGCGCCUCUCUGUUUUCUUUAACUAUGGGGAAAGCAGCCCAAGAAGCGAGGUUUUGCCAGACAAAUUUCCUGAAUACAAAUACUAACAUAUGUGACGCCUUACAAAUUUACCUAGAUGGGUUUAUUGUUUACCCGCCUUUUAGCUGCUUAGUUGGGGAUAUUGGCGUUUAUAAUUAUAUGACUGAUAACUCUACAUAUCAGACUGAAGCAUGUGGAUGUGCUGGGGUUAAGGACUGAUAUAGAGGAUUUUUUCAAAAAUAUAUCCACAAUGUAAUUGGGACUAUGAGUGUUGUGUGGACAAAUUUAAGGUACUCGAAAACAAGCUGCUCAGCUGAAAACGCCCAUUCAAGUUCUCCUUUUGUUAUGAAUAGAUGUCAGUCCAUAAACUCAGACCAAUAUAACUUGUGGUAUCAGUUAAAUUAUCAGCUUGAGUACUGGGCUGUAUAUCAAACAGGAUUUAUUGAUACGUGUGCAGACGCUAUGGGAAUUUAUGAUCCUAACUACUAUUCUGAUCAAUAUACAAGCGCUCUUUAUGGGUUUGCGUUAAUAAUUUUAGGGCUGGUUGUACUUUAA